CUAACAGUGUUUUUCGCCGGUAUGAGACAAUGACGUAAGUAUUCGGAUUCGAAUUUUGCAUGUCGGCUUUUGGAUCCUCCUCGAGAACGUGGCCAAAUUGUCGGCGCAGUAGCUAGUUGACCUUUUAAGUAGAGUCUGUUGCCGAGAAGGAUGGCGAACUCACCGGGCGCAGGUUCAGAGGAAUGCAGUGGACUUGGCAGCUCUCCUGCGGACUCUGGCUCCGCGAAAGCACAGAGAACCGCAGAGACUCUACACCAACGCCUAGUUCUCUUCACCGAGCCUUUCGGGGCCGGUACCGACACGGAGGCGUGUCUGCGGGGCCCAGAAAUUGCACAUUGGCAGAGAAGACUUCAAGAAUUGGAUGGCACGUCGGAGGAAAUGCCUUCAUCGCAUUGGUUUGACCGCACACAGAUCGAAACGCCAGUGUCAACAAGAAACUGUGAGGCUGGGACAUUUCUUCGACUGCAGGUAGACCGAUGCGGAGAGGGAGACGCGGAGUUCGGUGUCGCCUCGCCUGCCCCAGCGGAGGUGCCGCGGCUCCUCGCUGCCUCCUUCCGUCCCAAUGCGUUUCAGAACGAGGUUGACACCGAGUGGCGCCGCCUCGGACUCGGCGACCAGGGAAAUUUACCGUCAGGUGCCGCGUUCGAUCGGCGGGCGGAAGAGUUAAUUGGGCGUUGGCCCAUGAGUCCAGGCUUGGUAGAAAAAAUUACGUUGGGG